AUGGAAAGUAAGGACCCAGAUGCAGGAGUGCUAAGAUCUCAUAACCAAAGCUCAUCUGAAGAGGCUGGUCCCGAUGCUCCCAACAUCCUUUCCGACACCGAGAACUCUGGGGAAUUCGGGGAGAAUGCCGAGGAUAAUAAUGUAACCCCGAAAGCCUCAUCGACGAAGUCCAAUCGUUGGGAUUUUAUUAUCAAUGCUUUACUAUGGGCACCACCAUGGUGUCGAUGGAACAUGGAAAGCCCACCCAAAUUUGGGAUGCCAUUAAAUAUAUUGUUUGCCUUUGCUGGAACGUUCACGGUUGCCAAUCUAUACUAUGCACAGCCUCUUCUGGAUACGCUUGCUAGCUAUUUUGAUGUGUCCCAUGAGCGAGCAUCCCUAGUCCCCACCUGCAGUCAAGCUGGCUAUGCUACAGGGUUGAUUCUUCUCUGUCCCCUUGGGGACCUGGUUCGGAGAAGGCCUUUUGUCCUGCUUCUGACAUUUAUAACGGCGACUCUAUGGAUUGGCAUGUGUAUCACCAAAUCUUUCAAUGUCUUCCUUGCUAUAAGUUAUCUUUCUUCAGUAACCACUGUUACUCCGCAAAUUAUGCUUCCCCUGGUGGGAGACCUUGCCCCUCCAGCCCGACGCGCAACGGCAUUGUCAAUCGUCGGAUCAGGACUAGUCCUAGGCCUACUAUUUGCACGACUCCUCUCCGGAAUUAUGGCUGAAUACUCUUCAUGGAGGAACAUAUACUGGCUAUCCCUUGCAUUGCAAUAUGCAAUCUUUGUCUUGCUCUGGGCAUAUAUGCCGGAUUAUCCUCAAACCAACACCGACAUCUCCUACCUCAAAGUCCUCACCUCAAUCGUGCAACUAUUCAUUACAACCCCAGUCCUGGUAUACGCCACGUUUAUGGGAUUCUUCCUCUCAGCAACAUUCACCAGUUACUGGACAACACUCACCUUCCUUCUCUCCGGCGCACCAUACCACUACAAUACAGUGACAAUCGGACUGUUCUCGUUAGCAGGUCUAACGCCAAUGUUCCUGGGUCCCUUCUAUUCUCGAUAUGUCAUUGAUAAAUAUGUUACGCACGUGUCUAUUCUCAUUAGCCUGACGAUCUGCCUUACUGGAAUCUGCAUCGGUGCAUAUACGGGUACAUUUACAGUGGCGGGCCCCAUUCUACAAGCAGCGUUGCAGGACUUUGGUCUCCAAAUGACGCAGAUUUCAAACCGUGUUGCCAUAUACAGUGUUGCGCCGAAGGCGCGCAGUCGGCUUAAUACUGCCUAUAUGAUUGGAGUCUUCUGUGGUCAGCUCAUGGGAACUGCGGUUGGAAAUAGAGUAUAUGGCCAAAGCGGAUGGAUCAUGAGCGGGACGGUUAGUGUGAUUUUCGUUGUGGUAUCUUUUGCCAUUUGCAUGUUACGGGGCCCGGCUGAGAAAGGAUGGGUGGGAUGGAGCGGUGGCAUGCGGAUACGAAAGGUCGAAACACAAUGA